CACUUCCUUCCUCUCCGCUUCUCGCUCCCCAUCUAAUCCCACCAACUCCCUUUCCUCUAAGUGAUAUUCAGCCGCCCUACCAGCAUGGCCACCCAACCCGCCUCAACAGCCGCAGCGCUCGGCUCAUCAGGCUCUUCCCCCUCCUCCUCCCCUCCCUCCUUCAUCAACUCGCUAAUCGACUCCCUCUUCCAACCAGGACUCAACAGCCCAGCCCGAGUGGUGAUGCAUCGCGCAUUUGCUGCUCUGAUCCUCGUGCUCCUCUCUCUGCUCAUAGUCACUCAGAAUGGGCACGUCCUCGCACUACUGGCUAUCGCGCUGGGCCUUUGGGGGAGCGUGGCUUGGUUCUUGGCUGAGCUGGCUAAGAUGCCUCCUUCGGUGAGGGAGCCACAGAAGAUGCCUGCUGUGCCUAUCGAGGAUAAGAAGGACGAGUAAGCGCGAGAGGAAGAGAGCAGAAGGAGGCAUCGUCCGCCGUGCGGUGACGAGGCGAAGGGGACCUUGGCCUCGCUGGUCCAUUGACAGUCAAAUGCUAUACCCAAGUUGCAUCGCAACGCCACGUCCC